AUGCCCUUGUUUCGAGAAGAAAACUUCCUUGUGGUACAUCCUGGAUCAGAGAACACCUUAUUUUCAUUUGGAUUACGCGAUUCUUUAUCCCCCCCGCAGUAUAAAAUACCCUCAAUCGUGUAUCAAGAUCCAUCAUCAAAGGAAUACAAGGCUAAGAAAGAAGACAACUUUAUCGAAAUCAGACCUAUAAAACAAAGUAAGAUCGUUGAUUUGGAAGCAUUUAAUGCACUAUUAAAGGUCAUAUUGCUGAGUGUAAUUUCAAACAAUCCAAUAAUUACCAUAAAUCAGAUUCCUUUGUUACUUUUGGUUCCAUCUUCUACUUGGUCUAGGGCAGAAAUUGAGUAUAUAACGAAAUAUGUAUUUGAGACCUUAGAAUUGACUGCUUUCAACAUAUUGGACAUUGCCAUUGCAUCAAAUUUUGGAAUUGGUACGUCAACAAGCUCAUUGGUAGUUAAUCUUGGGUCAACCUCGACUGAAAUUACACCAGUUAUAAAUCAUCAGAGUAUUAAAUUUGCUUCUAAAUACUUACCUGGAGUGGGGGGUGCAAUGAUAAACGAACAGUUGAAGAAGUUAUUACCUACUCUCAAUGACCAGCAAAUCGAGGAUUUAAAAACAUCAGGUAUUUAUGAAGUCUUGAAUAAUCAUGAUGGGACUUUCUACUCUUUUGAUUUGAACAAUAAUUCAGGCGACGACUCUUUUGAUGUUGCAAAGCUUGUUACAGAAAGCAAUGGGGAUGUAAAGGCUCUUGAGAAGAAGAUUGAGGAAGAAGAGGAAAAAGAAAAAGAAACAGCACCUAAGAAAAAUAGUGAAUUAGAUAAAAACUUCUUCGUGGAUUCAAAAACAAAGGAAAAGAUAAUGGUAGGAAAGGAAAGGUUCAGCGGGAGUUCUGUAUUAGUCUCCGAGUUAUCUGAAGCAAUUUAUAAUGCUCUUUUGUAUAUACCUGAUUUGGAAAAACGACAAGAGUGCUACGAUAAUUUAAUCUUUGUUGGGUCUACCUUCAAGAUUCCUGGUCUCAAGGAUGCCGUUAUAAUAAAACUAGCUAACGACCAUUUAGUUAGGCCAAAUAAUGAGGAUGACGCUCUGAAGUCGAUCAAUUCUGCAAUUGCAGCAUAUCAGAGAGCAGAUGAAGUCUCAGAUGGAAACGAACUGGGCUUGGUCACCCAAGUACCCUCUUCUAUAAGAGCCUCAAAGUAUCCUGAAUAUUUCCCUGAAUGGAAGAACCCAAAGGAGAGAGGAGGUUCUUGGGAGGAUUUGUACUUCUUAGGAGGCUCUAUAUACUCAAAGCAGAUAUUCGGUGCUAAUUCGAAUCAUGGUCGUGAAAUGUUCAUUGAUACCGAGAUAUACGAAGAAUAUGGUCCUCAAGGUAUAUGGAACGUAUCUAUUUAG